ACAGAGCAAGAUCAAUGGCAAGAUCUUCUCAACAGGUAGCAACCUUUGAACUUGAACCGUGGCGAAACCUUAGUGGCAAGAUCGUGAUGGUUACUGGUGCAUCGUCUGGCCUUGGUUGGGAAUUCUGUAUCGACUUAGCCAAAUCCGGUUGUAGGAUCAUUGCGUCCGCCCGUCGAACCAACCGCCUUAAGGUUCUUUGUGAUCAAAUCAAUAAUUUGGAUGUACGCGAUAACGAAAGUGAAACCGGGAAGCAUCAGGUAUUGGCAGUACCAGUGGAGCUUGAUGUUAGUGCCAAUGGUCCGACCAUUGAAGCAUUUGUGAGAAAGGCUUGGGAUGCUUUUGGCCGUAUCGAUGCUUUGAUCAACAAUGCGGGUAUUACAGGUCCAACGCAAAAUUCAUUGAAUUGGUCAGAAGAAGAAUGGGAUAAAACCUUUAUGACAAAUGUAAAAGGAUCAUGGUUGGUGUCAAAGUAUGUCUGCCUUCAAAUGCGUGCUUUUAAUCAAACAGGUUCCAUAAUCAACAUCUCUUCCAUUGCUGGUCUUCAACGUACAUAUAGUCCAGGAUCUCUUGCAUAUGCUUCUUCAAAAUCAGCCCUCGAUACUAUGACAAAACUGAUGGCAAUGGAACUUGGAAAACACAAAAUAAGGGUAAACUCUAUAUGUCCAGGUCUUUUUAAAUCUGAGAUCACGAAGGGACUCAUGCAAAAGAAGUGGUUUAAAAAUAUAGCUUUGAAAGUAGUGCCAUUAAGAGAAUUUGGCACUGCAGACCCGGCCUUGACGUCGUUGGUUAGGUACUUAAUCCAUGACUCAUCUUAUUACGUGACAGGUAACAUUUUUAUCGUAGAAGCAGGAUUAACCUUAUCUGGUGUCCCACUUUAUUCGUCACUUUAAACUCAACUUGUUGUGUGACCAUUUUAAGGCACAACGUAAUGAUACGUGUAUUGUAUUAAAUAAGACCUUUUAGAGACUUAUUCAUAAGAUUACUAUAAAUAUGGCAUUUAUGUUA